AUGAUGCUUGCAAGAUCAGCGCAGAUGCUUGGUUCAAGCUUCGAUUGGCUUCGAGUACCUGGCCUCUGCAAGGUACUCCGGGUGGAAGACCCUGGGAUCAAACGCCUGGUGCAGGCCGUGGCAGGGUUCUGCCUACUACUCGGGCGGGCGGCGAAGCCACUGCCGUGGAGAGAGCGGUCCAAGAGUCUGUAG